AUGGAAGCUUUGUGGGAUUUGGAAGACAAAUUGAAGGUUUCAACACUAGGUGCUAUUCUUCUACUUGCAUGUGCAAGUUUUGCACUAGUUUUCCUUUGCAUUUUAAUUAUACUCAAAAGGAAGACAAGGAACAAUAAGAUUGUGCACCAAGAGUGUGCUAUAGAUGAUGAGAAUGAGACUAUUACCUCAACUACUACUACUACUACUUCCAAUACUAUUACUGCUGCUACUACUGCUGCUGCUCCUACAGAAUGGUCAGAGCCAAGUUGUGGAGGGUGGAUUUCGGUGAAGAGGGUGUUGAUGGGGUCAAUGUUGUGGAGCAAGGCAAGUAAAUUGGAAGAGAACAAUGCAUGGCAGAGAGAGAGGGGGUCCCCAUUGCUUGGCUUACAAAGGCAGGGUCUUGAAAGUGGAUGGCAAAGCCAUAACUCAGAAUCACCGGUGUGGCAAAGACCAAUACUGAGAGGGGAGAAGUGUGAGUUACCAAGGUUUAGUGGCCUCAUUCUCUAUGAUGAAAAAGGAAGACUUCUUCGUGAUUCAGAGAACGAAACUCACUGCAUGGACACUUCAAAACAGGAAAAAAGAAAUGUUACAAUGAGGACUACUCUAAAAGAUUUGCUUUAGUACUUAUGUUACUGUUUUUUUUUUUUUCUCUUGUAAGUUGU